CAAAACUUUAAAGAGCUGGACCUCCCACACAGAGAACAAAACGAAGAUUCAGACAGAAAACACUUCCUAAAAGAACCUUUCCGUUAAUUUGAGGUGAUUAACACCUGUUUUGAAUCCAAUGAACAAAAUGGAAAGCAAUACUCUGGAAAGUUUCAAAGAAGAAUACGGUUGUCUGCCCACAAUGGAAGACUGCUUUGUAAAUUCUUCAGUUUGGGAGCUAUUGGGCUGGAAAAAUGAAACCAAUGGGAGCUUGGAGAAGAAGACCAUUCCUCACAUCAUUGCCGUGAUCUACUCGGUGGUGUUUGUGGUCGGAUUGUUGGGGAACUGCCUUGUUAUGCAUGUCAUCAUCAGGCACACAAAGAAGAAGACAUCCACCAAUAUUUACAUUUUCAACUUAGUGCUUGUUGAUGUCCUAAUCAACGCCACAUUGCCCUUCUGGAUAGCAUACUUCUUGUUGGAUAACUGGCCUUUCAGUGCAAUUGGAUGCAAGAUCUUCUUGUGUAUCGACAUGUGCAACGCCCUUGUCCGUGUCUUCACCAUCACCAUAAUGACCGUGGAUCUCUACGUGGCUGUGUGCCACCCAGAUCUGAAUUCCCAUGCUUCUGUCAAAGCCAUGGUGGUCAUCGUGUUCAUCUGGGUGUUGUCCUUGCUUCUAGACAUACCCAUUUUUAUAUUUGCUGAUACUGCAACAUACAGCGAUGAGACUGUGUGUGUCUUACACUUAUCCUCAUACAUGAGCACAGUGAUGGACAUUUUUCAACUUGUCGUUGGCUUUGCGAUUCCCAUGCUUAUCAUGAGUGUGUGCUACUGCCUGAUAGUCCUGAGAUUGAAUAGCAUACAAAUUCUGCCUGGCUUAAACGAAGAAGACAGCAAAAUGCGUCAAGUCACUCAGCUGGUGAUGGUCGUGGUCUGUGUGUUUGCGAUCUGUUGGACACCCAACUACAUUACCAUCCUAGGCAGAAUGUUCCCAGUUGCAUCCUACAGCUCCACCUUCGUUACUAUCAUGGUCUUCUGUAUGGUGCUUACAUACACCAACAGUUGCCUCAACCCCAUCAUCUAUAUCUUUCUGGAUGAGAACUUCAAACGCUACGUGAAAAACUUCUGUUUUUCAGCCAAACUAAAUGAGGACAAGAUCUCAGAGAGGAAGAACGUCCCAGGUAGUGCCGAUGCUGUUGCCCUCGAGACUCCAGAUCAGACUUGUAACUUCUUGACAACUGUGGAACUGUCUUGAAUUUGGACAGUUGAAAAAGAAGACAUACAAGACCUUGGUCUUGUGAGUCUUUCUUUUUUAAUAAUAUUUAAUGCAUUUCUGCAUUAAAUAUUAUUUUGUACACAAGCAUCAAAUUCAUAAUUAUCUGACCAGGCAGGCUGCACAUUUGCAUCUACCUUUGCUUAGAGCGACUCGCUAUCAGCAUCACAUCAGAUAUCAUGGCGUUAAAUCUUGGAAUAAUAAUGUACAUCUUGUGAAUCCAUCUAUUACCUUAUAUACGUAUAAAAGUAGUCAAAAAGUGAAGAUCCUGCAGGAGUAUUUAUAAUGAUUUGUUUUAACCUGGCAAAAAUGGUGUAAUUCUUUUGUAUUCUGUUUGCUUUGUUUGGGAGUGGACUCUUUACAAGCCUUUUGGCUUCCACCACUCCCUUGUACUUUAUUUAUAUUGUAUUUUUUUUCUCUCUCCCUCUCUCAUUGGUUGUUUUAUGUAUAUACAUUAUUUUGUGUGUUUUAUUUUGUGCUAAAUAAACAAAUCAAAUCAAAUCAAAUUGGUAUAGUUGACAGAAGUCAGUGCCAGAAACCAAAAAAUACUGUGUGUAAUCAUUAUGGGUGGGGAAAAAAAUUCAACUCUAAGGUGCAUCUGGAUGUGGAUGAUUGUAAUUCAAUUUACAAAUGUCAAAAAUGUAUUUUAUCAAUGUCAAUAGCAGAGGUAGGAACAUGGGUACCUCAUAUAUUUCUACUUUUACUCAAGUAAUUUUUUCCCCCCAGAAAUGUUAGUUUUAUUUCAGUGCAUUUGCCAUGCAGCUUUGUUCCAGCUACUCUGUUCCAAAUCGGACAGGGACAGCACCGAGAGCAGCUACACCUGCCAGGAUAUGCUGCAUGUUAAAAUAGAAAAGCCACCUGAUUUUGGUCUA